UGGCACCUGAGCCAGCGGGUGAGCUUCUUAGGGAUUUAAGUUCAGUUUUCCCUGAAGUUGUGUCCUACCUGGCAUGCUGAGAGAGGGCUGUCUCAUACUCAAGGCAGUGGGAGGUCUUGACCACUACUUCCCUGCCCAUCUCUGUUGGAGGCUCUGAGUCAGGAUGCUGUCCGUCCUGGGAGGCACACAGAGGUCCUUCCAUGUGGCACUCUUCUUCCUGGUGCUGGUCGUGCUCCUGAUGGCGGGCUUCCUGCAGGUGGACAUCGAAAUGUUUACGCCUCUGCUCAGGAUCAAGGCCCAGGACUCCUUCAGGGACUCUACACCGGUCACCAACAUCAUGUUCCUCAAGACGCAUAAGACAGCCAGCAGUACCAUGCUCAACAUUCUUUACCGCUUUUCGGAAUCUCACAACCUGACCGUGGCGCUGCCCAAGGACUCUAUGUUCCAUCUGGGUUACCCCUGGCUUUUCGUGGCACGCUACGUGGAGGGCAUGGAGCAGAAUGGCCCACUGGAUCAUCACUUCAACGUCAUGUGUAACCACUUGCGGUUCAACUUUCCUGAGGUGCAGAAAGUCAUGCCCAAUGACACUUUCUACUUGUCCAUCCUACGAAACCCAGUUUCCCAGCUGGAGUCUUCCUUCAUCUACUAUAAGAGAUAUUCGCCUGCCUUCCGGAAAGUCAAGACCUUGGACCAAUUCCUGGCAGAUCCGUGGAAGUACUACAACGUCAGCACGGGCCUGAAAAAUGCCUAUGCGAGAAACAACAUGUGGUUUGACUUUGGCUUCGACAACAAUGCUCAGCCUGAAGAGGGCUACGUUCGCAGGUGCCUCUCGGAGGUGGAGCGCCAGUUCCAGCUGGUGCUCAUUGCGGACUACUUUGAUGAGUCCAUGGUGCUGCUGCGCAGGCGGCUGCGCUGGCAGCUGGAUGACGUGGUGUCGUUCAAGCUGAACCUACGCAGUCAGCGUACGAUCUCGCGCCUGACGCCAGAGAGCCAGGAGCGUGCCAAGCGCUGGUGCGAGCUGGACUGGCAGCUCUACCAGCACUUCAACCGCACGUUUUGGGCUCAGCUGUACGCGGAGGUAAGCCCCCGCCAGCUCAGAGAAGAGCUGGCGCAGCUGCGGGCGAGGCGUCGCGAGCUCACCACCCUGUGUCUUCAGGACCCGGAGCCCAAGAACACGACGCAGAUAAAAGAUCAGAAUAUGCUCCCCUAUCAGUCCGGAGAUGCUGAAAUUCUGGGCUACAAUCUUAGGCAGGGUCUGGACAAUGCUACACUGCACAUCUGUCAGAGGAUGGCGAUGCCAGAGCUCCAAUACAUGGCCCACUUGUACUCGCUGCAGUUUCCCGACAAGCCUCCCAAGGGCAUACCGUUGCCGAAAAAGUAGGGGUUUGGCUAAGUGACCCUUUCUCCCCAGGCUUCCCGGGGAGCCUUAAACUUGCCAGCCUACCUUUCCCAAGGGAAGAACAGGGUGAAACCUCUGUGUAGAGAUCCGCCUAUCCCCAGCUCUGGGGAGAGGGCCCAACACCUAAGACGACAGGCACAGCUGGACUCUAGCUGAACCCAACCAUUGUAGAGACACGUCCUGGACAGGCCAGAAUGCCUUUAAUUAUCUGUCCGCAGGAGUCAGUCUAAACGGGCCAUCAGGUGAACAUCAGCCUUGGGGAGCACAAGGGCUUAGGCAAUGGCCUGGCGACCCAUGAAGAGACUCAGAAAGGCUCCCUGGGAGUUUCUAGCCCCACAGAUUCAGCACUGGACCCAGAGCCAGGCUUGCAUAGAGCGCGCAGGCAGCAGCUCAAAGGUGGGCCCAGGGGAGAUGGGUGAACAGGUGGCCUCCCAUCUUUGGCUUUCUGAAGAACGGUGUAGACUGAGAGACGUGAAGGUUGCUGGUUAGCUGAACACAGGUGGGUCCACCUUAUAGCAGCGUCCCACUGGACAAUCCCGAAGGAGAACGUGCCAGACUUGACAACGGUGCUCAGAGGGUCCCAGGGACCUUUGGUUGCCUUGGAAACCACGACGUGUAUAGUCUCAAGGACUUUUUUUUUUUUUUUUUUUUGGUGCCUCUCUUUGUCAUUUGUCGGGAGAUACUAAGUCCCCAGCCCCCAGUUCUUGCAGGAUGAGAAACCUGGUUACGUGGGGUGCCUAACACCAGGUAGCCUAGGGAAAGCAAGGUGCCCGGUGUCUUGGGAAAGCUGCCACUGUCACAUGCUCAGCCUACAGCUUCAGCUUGAGUUUUAUUUGUUGAGCCUGAGUGGAGGCUUUUCUUCUGUGUUGGAGCCUCCAGCUCGGGGCAAGAGGGCCUGUGCUCCUUUGGACAGCAAUUUAAUAGGGGCACUUUAAGAAAAGUAAUUGUCAGUGAGUUUAGAGAUGGUACAACGAAUUUAUCAAUCCAAAAGAACAUUGUACAUUGAAAAAUGACUUUCCCAAAGCGAACAGAGUUAGUCAAGAAUGCCAUGGUGGCCCUGGCCUUUAAUCCCAACAUUGGGGAGGCAAACAAAGGCAAGCAGAUUUCUGUGUUCAAGAUCAUCCUGGACAACAUAGUGAGUUCCAGGACAUCCAGGGCUACAGAACAAGAUCCUGUCUCAAAACAGAACAAAACAGAAAGCCACAAACAAACCAAAGACCCAACCAAUCAAACAAAAGCGAAACCAAGCUUCUGAAUUUGGAUGAAAUUACUCUUAAUAAACUUGUGUUCUCUAGAAGAGCAGGAAGUGCUCUUAGCCUCCGAGACAUUUCUCUGGUUCCUUAAUUAGAACUUUACAUUCUUAGUAGACUUAAUUCUUUUUCUUUUUCUCAGUUGUGGAGACUGAUCCCAGAUCUCUAGUGUGCUAGGCAAGUGAUUUAACAGUGAGCCACGUCCCCAGCCCUGAACCCUUAAUUUCAAGAAAGACUCAGGAAGAAAGAGCAUUCAGUUGUUUCUUUCAUUCAUAUACAUGUAUAUGUAUGUAUAUACGUGACAAUUGAAUAUAUGGGACAACCUUCAAUUGUCAUAUAUAUAUGUGUAUAUAUAUAUGCAUGUGUGUGAGCAAUUCAUGAAAAUAUUUUGUUUCUUUGAAAACAUGCUUUCUCUCAGGAAAAAUGUUCUUUAUGUAGAAUAGGAUAUAUUUGUUGGCAGACACACACACACACACACACACACAGACACAGUAUUUUCUUAGACUAUAAAAAGCCAAGAGUACUUGAAUUACAGUCAGCCACUGAUGUUUUAUUGUUUUGUACUUAGGAAUGAUUCAUGAGUUUUUAUGACUUAAUUUAAAAUUUUUAUAAACAUGGAUCCCAUUUUACUCAUACACUAUUUUUUACAACUAUACCUAAAUUAGAGUAGGAGUGAUUCAUGGGUUUCUAUGACUUAAUUUAAAAUUUUUAUAAACAGGGGGCUGGAGAGAUGGCUCAGUGGUUAAGACCACUGCCUGCUCUUCCAAAGGUCCUGAGUUCGAGUCCCGGCAACCACAUGGUGGCUCACAACCAUCUGUAAUGGGGUCUGGUGCCCUCUUCUGGCCUGCAGGCAUACAGACAGACAGAAUAUUGUAUACAUAAUAAAUAAAUAAAUAUUUAAAAAAAAUUUUAUAAACAUGGAUCCCAUUUCAUUCAUACAUUUUUUACAACUAUACCUAGAAUAGACAUAAAAAUUAAGUUAUCAGUUAAGCAAAGUAAUAUUUAUUUCGUAUUAAAGACUCUACCCAAAGUCUAAUCAUUGUCUCAAUACACAGGAAGCAAUAAUGGGCACUGUCCUGCACUCUAAUCUAUAUUUAUUCUUUUCACACAAAAACACAAUUCUCACCUCAAGGGGAUAAGAGAUAGUUUAUUCUGGAGCCAAAGGCGAGUGAGUGAUCAUGACCCAGGAACACCAAUUCAGGUUACCUUGAACUCCUAUUCCUACCUGAAACAGUUUGAUGAAGUUUUCAUUGUACCAGAACAAAGAAAGUCAUAAAUUAAGACACAUAAAAAAUAUAUCGGUGGAAAUGCUAGGCAGACGGGUCUCAGGAAAAUGAGGAAAUCCCUGCUAUAGGCCUCAGGUCCCUGACUGAUGACAUUCUGAGCCUUCAGGUGGUGGAAACCAGGGUCUGUUUUACUAUAUUCUCAGAGGUUUAUGUCAGGGCCCAUAGCUGUGAGUCCAUUCCACCUUGCCUAAAGGUCAGAGUUCAAACUUGUUUUCCUUCCUUCCUUCCUUCCUUCCUUCCUUCCUUCCUUCCUUUCUUUCUUUCUUUCUUUCUUUCUUUCUUUCUUUUUUGGUUUUUUGAGACAGGGUUUCUCUGUGGCUUUGGUUCCUGUCCUGGCACUAGCUCUUGUAGACCAGACUGGUCUCGAACUCACAGAGAUCCUCCUGUUUCUGCUUCCCGAGUGCUGGGAUUAAAGGUGUGUGCCACCACUGCCCUGGCUCUGUUUUGCUCUUUCAAAAGUUGUUGUUGACAACAAGUGGCUACAAGACAAGAGGCCCUGACCUAGAAUGGCUAAUUAGUAAUUUAAGUAUGAGGGGUAACAGCUCCAUCUUGGCCAAAGGUCAGUGAUGCUCUGUUUACGAAGUCUGUUGCCUCCCCCUUCCCUUUUGGAGUUGGAGUAUACAAAGACACGUGGGGUUCAGUAUUCACUUACUUUUCCUCCUGAUGGUGUUCUAUGUUUCAUCUCUUAUUUUUCUCUUAUCUCUGUUCCCUUCUGCUUAAUAAUUAUUAUAAUCCUCAUGCUCCUAUCCUGGAGCGUGUGAAUCCAGUCGAGGCUGGUCCUCGACAGCUGUUCCCAUUAGUCACAGAUGCUAGGUCAGACACUGGCGGGCAAGAAGUGGAUAAGGGGCUUGGCUGUGCUGGCUAGUUUAUGUCAGUUUGACACAAGUUUGGAUAGUUUAUGUCAUCUGAGAGGAUGGAGCCUCAACUGAGAAAAUGCCUCCAUGAGAUCAGGCUGUAGGGAAGACUGUAUUUUCUUAACUAGUGACUGAUGGGGGAGGGUCCAACCCAGCAGGGGAUGGGGCCAUUCCUGGGCCCCUGGCCCUGGAUCCCAUAAGAAAGCAGACUGAGCAAGUCAGAAAGCAGCCCCCCUCCAUGGCCUCUGCAUCCAUUUCUGGUCCAGCUUGUCAUCUUUGCUUUGAGUUCUUGCUUUGCUUCCCUCAAUUCAGGAUGUGUGAGCCAAAGGAACCCUUUCCUCCUCAAUUCUCUUGCUCAUAGUGUUUCAUUCCAGCAACCCUAGUGAUCACAGGCGCUGGAGAGAACUCAGGAGAAGUUGCAGCAUCCCAGCCUCUCCACGACUGAGAUUCUAACCAGUUAAUCAGCCUUGGAGGAGGUUUAAUGUAGCUAUGGUUCUUUCCAGAAACUUGUCCCAAGUCCCUCUGUUUAUUAACUGUCCAUUUUGUGUAACUAGGGGCCACAUAGCUUUGUUGUCUCACAUCCCUAGGAUCUGAUAUAGCUGAGGCUGGAUGAAGACACCGUCCCUCUGCCCCGAAAGAAACUCCAGAGAGGAAGCUAUUGAAGAGAGCCCUUUGAAACUGUGAUAGUGUAGAUCUUCACAGCUGGUGGUUUCCCGCAGACAGUGGGGAAAGGGGUAGGCUACCAGGAGUGUGACCAUGCUCCCGUGACUUAUGGCUGUAUGGGCAAUACAAAUUGGACUUGCUGUUUUGUUUUUUUUUGGGCUGGGGCACAAGGAUGGAAGGAAUGGGAAUUGGGUGUAAUCAGGUGCAUUGUGUGAAAUUCCCAAAUAAUUAAUAAAAAUAUUAUGUUGGGAAAAUCCCUAGAUUGAG